CAAAAUAUGGUCUUCACUAUUUUUUCUUCCUCGCUGAACUCCAGAAUGACGACGGAAACCACCGCCAAACCCUUACCAAAACGCCAUGAUCGCCGCCGAAUUCUCGUCCUCAAAUCCGCAAUCUUCUCAAGAUUUCUGCUUUUAUCGCUAACCAUCCUCUGGCGCUUCCUCCUCAGCCCCUAUGACACCUCGGCACCCCUCAACCCCUCCUGCCUCGCUGACCCUUACCCCCACCCGCGCCCUUCUCCUCUUUUCCCUUCCCUAGGCUCCGCUGUCGAGAAGGGAAUCGUGUGGGAUAGUGUGUACUUCGUUAGGAUCGCGCAGUGUGGAUACGAGUAUGAGCAGUCUUACGCGUUCCUCCCAUUGCUGCCUGCUUGCAUUUUCAUCUUUUCCCGCACAGUUUUUGCGCCACUGGUUCCGGUGAUUGGUCUUAGGGCUGUCCUGGGGUUGUCUGGAUAUGUUGUUAGCAAUGGAGCAUUUGUUUUGGCCGCAAUGUACUUUUACAAGCUUUCAGUUAUUAUUUUGAAGGACCCUGAUGUUGCGCUGCGGGCUUCAAUUAUGUUUUGCUUCAAUCCAGCUUCAAUAUUCUACUCAUGGAUAUAUUCAGAAAGCUUGUAUGCUCUAUUCUCGGUUGGUGGAUUAUAUCAUUUGAUCUCUGGUGCAAAUUCUAUGGCUGUUAUUUGGCUUGCUCUUUCUGGUUGUGCAAGAUCUAAUGGAGUGCUAAAUGCUGGGUAUUUCUGUUUUCAGACGAUGCAUCAUGCUUAUGAUGCAAUUUUCCUGAAAAAGCGUAAAUUUUUGGCAUUGUGGAUUCUAAUAGCUGGAGCACUGCGGUGCAUAUGCAUUUUUGCACCGUUUAUUGCUUUUCAAGCCUAUGGCUAUUACAAUAUCUGUCAUGGACGUUCUCUAGAUGAAUUGAGUCAUUGGUGCAAAGCAAGAAUACCUUUGCUUUACAAUUACAUUCAAAGUCAUUACUGGGGAGUAGGAUUCUUGAGAUACUUCCAAGUCAAACAAUUACCGAAUUUUCUACUUGCAUCCCCUAUAUUAUCCUUGGCAGUUUGCUCAAUUGUCUAUUAUGUGAAGUCACGACCUAAAGUUGUUUUAUCAUUGGGAUUUCAAGCUACCAUUGAUGAAAAAAGUUCUUCAGCACUGUUUUUUCCUCCAGAGGCAGUCCAAAGAAUGGAAGGUCCUUUGUCAGACAAAGCCUCUUCUAUUAGACAAGAAAAUCACAAUCUGAGAAAGAGAAAGCGAGUGGGCCAAGAGAAGGAUCUUGCUGAGCACAGAGCAGACCAUGAAUUAUCAGGGAAGUCAGGAUUCUUGUCUGCCUUUGUGCUCCCAUUUAUGGUGCAUCUGGGAAUCAUGGCUGCCACAGCAUUUUUUGUUAUGCAUGUGCAGGUUGCGACACGUUUCUUGUCUGCCAGUCCUUCUCUAUAUUGGUUUGCUUCAUAUGUGAUGGUUUCUCCCAAUACGAGUAAAAAAUGGGGAUACAUGAUUUGGGCUUACUCCGCUGCCUACAUCCUUCUCGGUAGCUUGCUCUUUUCAAAUUUCUAUCCUUUUACGUGAUAAACUUGUAUAGGCAGUCCAACAAGUCAUUAGCUAAGAGCCUUCCAUUUGGGUUGAUUGCUCCACCUAUAAUUGGUUCUAUCACCUGCCUAAUUCCUGGCAGAUGCAUUUUCCGCAGUUCAGGUAGUUACGCCUCUUGAGAUGCAACCAAUGGAGGAACAAUGUAUAUCACUGUGGUGGCUGAUGGUUACAUUUUUGUCACAUUACUACUUUGAUGUCAAAUAAAAAAAAUAUUAUUGA